AAAAUCAAACAGCUGCACAUAAAGCGGACGGUAAGAAACGGAGUCAAGGCCCCAUUCCACACUCGUCGUACUCCCGAUCCCGCUCACUUUACAGUUUUAUUGUAAAUUCGAAUAACAUGAUGGACGAAGAUAAAGGAGAAACAGAAUCAUGGGGUAUCAUCCUCCUUUCGCUAGCGAUGUUGAUCGGCUGCUACAUUGCUGGAUCAGUCCCAUUAUCUAUUACGAUGUCCGAGAAUAAAACUAGACUGACUACGGUAAUCGGGGCAGGACUUCUCGUUGGCACAUCUUUGGCUGUUAUCAUCCCCGAAGGAAUACACUCACUCUUUGCAGAUGCAGCUCCCCACAACCACGAAGACGAAGCCAGAGCAGUACUAGUAGGUCCAGAAAACAAACUGGAAGUAGGGCAAGAGACCAAUCAGGAAGCAGAUGACCACGCCCAUCACCACGCCCACUCGUCCGUCGAGGACCUCCACUCUCUGGUUGGCAUAGCUCUGGUGUUUGGUUUUGUUUUUAUGCUGUUGGUGGAUCAAAUAGGAGGCGGCCAUGGGCAUUCGCAUGCACAGAUUCCAGGUGAACAAGAAGCAACAGGUAGAAUAGGAAGGGGGAAGAGCAUAACUGCUACACUAGGUCUAGUGGUACAUGCUGCAGCUGAUGGCGUUGCUAUGGGGGCAGCAGCUAGUGGAUCUAGAGCCGAUGUUCAAAUGAUUGUAUUUGUUGCUAUUAUGUUGCAUAAGGCACCAGCAGCUUUUGGGCUCGUCACGUUCCUAUUGCACGAAAAUUACGAGAGGAAUAGGAUACGAAAACAUCUGGUGAUCUUCUCAUUAGCAGCCCCAGUUAUGGCUAUCUUCACAUAUUUUAGCCUCAGUCAUGCUAGUAAAGAGGCGUUAUUAUCUGUCAAUGCAACAGGCCUAUCUAUGCUAUUCUCAGCGGGUACCUUCCUCUACGUAGCCACAGUACAUGUAUUACCAGAGAUACAAGCGCCUCGCCAAUCCAGCGCCCCUGCUACAGACCCAGAGGGGGCGGUAGACAUCAGGCAAGGCUUCACAUGUGGGGAAUUAGCGGCGCUCGUUAUCGGUUGCCUGGCACCCCUUGUAUUAGCCAUGGGACACCAUCACUAGCCAGUUCAAAAAGGACUAUUAUUAUCAUUAUUUUAUUUUUUUAAAGGAUGUUUUUAAUUGGUGUCAAGAAGAAGCCAGGGCAGUGUUUCACAAAACCCUUGGGACAAGUUUGCCAACAUCCCAAUGAAAGGUUGUGUUCCAACUAGCAGGUGUUUCAGUAGGAUGUCGGUGAACUUGUACCGAUGGUGGUUUCAUGAAACGUUGCCCUGAUAUCUGGCUUGCAUUGUAUCUGGUUCAGUUGUGGUGAGAAUGUUGUAUGUGUGACAGCAAGCAAAAGAGUUUUUUAAAUUUUUUUAUUUGGGAAGGGGCAUAGCUGUGAUAAAAUGCUCAGUUCAAGACUUUACGGAGACAAACAAUUUUUGCAUUUUAUUCUCCUCAACACGAGACUCGAACCCACGCACAUGACAAUAGUCACGAGAGCCAGAGGAUAAUCCGAUUGCGCCACACAGCGUCCUUACAAAUUUGUCUACUGAUAUAUGGAAGGUCCAAUUCAGACCCAGGCCAUAAGUUCCAUAUAAAUUAUCCUAUUAUGUUACAAAAUUUAAAAAAAAAUUAAUUUGGUCAUGAGGUGAAAAUGAUAAGUAAUUUCAAAGUUACACAUUUUUGUAUUUUGAUUAAGUUGAUUUGUACAGAAUGACGAGUGUGACAUUUGGCACCCCGUAAACUGGUGAACUAAAUCUAUGCACUGGAGCUGGCUUCAAACCUGGCGUAAAGUAAGGUAGCCUUUGUGAAUAUGACAAGAAUGACGAAUUUGACAUUUAUCCCCCCAUAAACUGGUGUUAUCUGAACCGAGGCUGCGCUUAAACCUUGGCGCAAAGUGAGAAUAUGGGAUGUUGACUUUCGCUUUAAUCUUCCUUACAUUCAUGCAUGUGUUCAUCCAGUCGUCCAAUCUCAGGAGUUCCAAGCCUACAGAAACUGACUUAUAUCAUAUGUCAUUAGAAUAUUCUAUUCACAAGGGAACUGUUUCAGCCAGAGAGUAGUUUGUGCAUACUGGUAAUUCUUUAUUAAAACAAAAUGUGUGCUGAACGAAGCUACAAGUUGGACAACCGAAAAAAAUAUCAUGUGAAUGAAAAUAGGCAAAUUAUUAUCGACUUGGGUAGUGACUGAAGGCUGCAGCCCUUUUUGGAAAACUACCUAAGACUAACUAAUACGUUUUUACAUUUCAUUUACUUUUACAUAGUUCUUUGUUGAGUCUAAAUGUUACUUGCUUCUUCAAAUAUAAAUGUUUGUGUGUACAAGGUCCAGUUUUAUAAAUUAGGUACAUUUGUGUCAAUUGGCAGAGAACUAAAUGAAGUAACUUCAGAUUAUUAUGAAUUAUAA